UUUCAUCAUCUUCACCAUUUUCGUUAUCAAUGUUUACAAUUUUUCAAGUUUUCGAAGUAAGCCGCUAGGUGGCGUAUCUUUGCUUUGACCAGCGAAUCACUACACUAAUUAAAUGAAUAUUUUGAUACCUACAGCUGCAGUGUUUUCGAAAGCUGUGUGUGUUGAACUUGAAGCUUACCAAUACAAACUUUCGCCUAAUGCGCUGCAUGCAUUAUACUUUUGCCUACCAAAUUAAUUGAUAAAUUGUGAUUUAAUUAAUAACGCAAUAAGUGCGAGAAAAAAGUGAAAACACAUUCAAUUUUCAUUUGCACCGAAAAUUUCAACUUUUUCAGGAGAAAUUCAAUCGUGGUUUGAAAAACAGAAACACUGGAAAAGCUUUUGUGCUUUAUGGCCUUCUACAACCAUACCGGCUACCUAUGUGUGUUUCUUUGUGUGUGUGAUUUGUUUUGAUGUUGUAUGUUGCUGUUUGCUCAAGUGAAACUUUCUUGUAUUCUGAAACGCCUCGAUCUUUACAAUCGUACUAGUUGAUGAUCCCAAAUACCGGAGCUAUUUGUCAUGAGAAAUGUUUCGAGUUUGAUUUCAUCUAGAAUCAUUAGGUUUAGUGAUUAUAUCGAAUAAAUUUCAAGCUCGGUUUUGAUUAUUUGGAAAUUCGUUGCUGAUUUCAUUGGUGCCUAAUCUUGAUAAAUAUGUCUUCCGGUAGACCAAUAAAAUGUGUUGUAGUGGGUGAUGGCACGGUGGGUAAAACGUGCAUGUUGAUUUCUUAUACGACCGACAGUUUUCCUGGCGAAUAUGUCCCUACUGUAUUUGAUAAUUACUCAGCUCCAAUGGUCGUUGACGGAAUUCCAGUCAGUUUAGGAUUAUGGGAUACCGCUGGUCAAGAAGAUUACGAUAGGUUAAGGCCUUUAUCUUAUCCGCAGACUGACGUCUUUUUAAUAUGCUUCAGUGUAGCAAGUCCUUCCUCUUUUGAAAACGUCCUCUCUAAAUGGUACCCUGAAAUUAAACAUCAUUGCCCCGACGCUCCUAUAAUAUUAGUUGGAACUAAGAUCGAUUUACGCGAGGAUAGGGAAACUUUAACCGUACUAGCUGAGCAGAAUUUAUCAUGCAUUAAGAGAGAACAGGGUCAAAAAUUAGCUAAUAAAAUUAGAGCCGUUAAAUACAUGGAAUGUUCUGCCUUAACACAGCGUGGAUUGAAACAAGUGUUUGACGAAGCUGUAAGAGCAGUACUGCGACCGGUGCCGCCGAAAAGAAAUCAGCGGAAAUGCUCUAUUCUCUAGUUGUAUACAAAUAUUGUCCUUUCGCUGCCAUUCAAAAGUUACAAAGCAACAAAAAGGCUGCUUCUUGUAUUAUUUUUUUUUUCUAUUAAUGAAUAUGUAUAUUUUUUAAAGGUAAAUAUGAUCAUGUACUUCUUGACGAUUGCGGACUCAUUGACAACCGUAUCAAAAAAUUGUGGUUGGCGUUUUUUUUUUCAUUUUUAUUCGUUUAUAUUAUUCGUUUUUUCAUUGACGCUCUCAGGUAUUUUUCAUAAUUAUUGAAAUCUCUUUUAUACCUAUUCGUUUUGUAUUUAAUUGAAUUUUUCGUUUGGUAGCUUUUUUCUUCAUAUCACUUAUAACUAUACUAAUUAUUAUUUGUAUAGAAUGAAAAAAUGUUCACUCGUAUCGUUUAACUUGGUUUUCAUUACGUUCGUUAAAUGCAUGGCCUAAGUGUUUUUUUUUCUAACAUCAUUGUAAUGAUUAUUUUAUAAUACUCUUAGAGUUUAGUUUGUUUCUUCAUAAAUAUUUACGAAUUUAAGGUAGAUCAAAUGAUUUAUAUGGUUGUAUGUACAUUUUAUAUAACCUCUAAUAUUUUUGUUUAGCUGUUUACCUUUAUAUUCAUUUUAAUGUCUAGUCACAUUUCAAUCUUAAUUACACAUAAUACUUCCUGAUUUGUGUAUUUAAAGAUACAUUUGUUUUUUUAUUCUAAUAAAAGUAAAAUACUCUUA